AUUAGUUGGUGGUGAAACGUGAAUCAUAUUUUCUCAAGCAAAAUUGAUAUUUUGCAGAGAUUCAAUGAACAACGCCACGACUUGCCGUUGGAGGAGACCAUUUUAAGGAUUCCACCGCAAUGGCGGCGACUUCAGAUUCGAGCUCUUCUCCUUCAUCAUCCGGCACCGAUUUCGCCGAUCCGAACCCGAGCACCGAUCCAGAUACGAGCUCGGAUCGUGUUCAAAGUCUAUUGGAGUCACUGAAUCUCUCUCAGCCGAGCGAAGUCUCCGAUGGAAGCCACACCGAUUUUACCGGUGAUGACGAUGAUGAUGAUGAGGAGGAGGAGGUUGAAGCGACGAACGGUGAAGAGGAAGUAGAGGCGUCUUCGAGGGGGGAGCAUCCGGUGGAAAUGGAGGCAGGGGAGGAGCCGCCGAGUCCGACGAGCAGCGGUUACGAUGGGGAGAGAGGGAGCAGCGCCACUUACAAAGCUGACAAUGCAAGCGAGGGUGAGAUUCGGGAAGCGAAUGCUGAUCGUGAGCAGCAUGAUGAAGCCGCGUGGUUGCCUGGAAAACGCCACGUGGACGAGGACGAUGGUUCUAUGUCGUGGAGAAAGAGGAAGAAACAUUUCUUCGUUUUGAGUAACUCUGGCAAACCCAUUUAUUCCAGAUAUGGAGAUGAACAUAAGCUUGCUGGUUUUUCAGCUACUCUUCAAGCUAUUAUUUCUUUUGUUGAGAAUGGUGGCGACCGUGUCAAUUUAGUCAAGGCUGGCAAACACCAGGUUGUCUUUCUGGUGAAAGGGCCAAUAUACCUGGUCUGCAUCAGCUGUACAGAUGAAACAUAUGAAUAUUUAAGGGGCCAGCUGGAUCUUCUAUAUGGUCAGAUGAUACUCAUUUUAACAAAUUCAAUAGACAGAUGUUUUGAGAAGAAUGCAAAAUUCGACAUGGCACCCUUGCUUGGAGGGACUGAUGCUGUCUUCUCAUCUCUUGUCCAUUCAUUUACCUGGAAUCCGGCUACGUUUCUUCAUGCCUACACUUGUCUUCCCCUUCCGUAUGCGUUAAGGCAAGCUACAGGGACAAUAUUGCAAGAUGUUUGCGCGUCUGGUGUAUUGUUCGCACUACUAAUGUGCAGACACAAGGUUGUCAGUCUUUCUGGUGCACAGAAAGCAUCUCUUCAUCCCGAUGACUUGCUACUACUCUCAAACUUCGUCAUGUCAUCAGAAUCAUUCAGGACAUCAGAAUCUUUCUCACCAAUCUGCCUACCAAGAUACAACCCUCAGGCCUUUUUGCAUGCCUAUGUGCACUUCUUCGACGAAGAUACAUAUGUAAUUUUGCUUACCACACGUUCAGAGGCCUUCCAUCAUCUCAAAGAUUGCAGGAUUCGCAUUGAGGCUGUUCUUCUGAAGUCGAAUAUUCUAAGUACGGUUCAAAGAUCAAUCGAGGAAGGUGGAAUGCGGGUCGAGGAUUUGCCAAUAGACCGCCUGCUUCGACAGAAACAAUCAUCUACUUCUAAUCAAAGACAAGAUACAGAUGUAUCCGUGGGAACAGGAGGUCCCUUUGGACUUUGGCAUUUCAUGUACCGCAGUAUAUACUUAGAUCAGUACGUUUCAUCUGAGUUCUCACCUCCAGUAACUAGCCACAGACAACAGAAAAGUCUAUAUCGAGCAUACCAGAAACUCUACGCUUCAAUGCAUGAGAAGGGAUUGGGACCCCAUAAAACUCAAUAUAGACGAGAUGAAAAUUACACUCUUCUGUGUUGGGUCACACCAGAUUUUGAACUCUAUGCAGCAUUUGACCCACUUGCAGACAAGGCGAUGGCGAUAAAGAUAUGCAAUCAGGUUUGUCAGAGGGUAAAAGAUGUGGAAAAUGAAGUGUUCUUGCAAGGAGCUAGCCCUUUUUCUUGGUGAUAUAUAGCUUCUUAACUCUUUUAUUAGAUCUUUCUUUGUUUCUUAAAUAAGGCAAUAAAGUUUAUCGAUGUGUUGUACCUUAUUACCUUCUGAGAAAGCUAUUUCAAGUUUAA